CUAGGGCAGUUAUGAACAACCGGCCAUUUUUUUCGCAAUUUUUUUUUUUUCCAUGUGCAAGCUAGGUAAAGAAAUGGCGGCUGAGGAAGGGAUCGAUGACCAGCAGAGCAGAGGGAAUCAGGGCACGAAUGGGGAUGGGGAACGAAAUGAGGGAUCAGCCAGGGAUCAAGAGUCAGCCAAAUUGGAAGGAACUCGAGGAGACGGAAAGGACGCCUCAGUUGGAGAAAGCUCGUGGAAAGCUGGGGGUAGCAAAAGGGGACCUCAGGAAAACAGGGAAGGGGGAAACGAUAUGAGAACAAGCCCUCGGAACUCAGCAGGAGCCACCCCUAAAAAGACAAAAGUCUCAGAUGCCAGUCGUAAAUUAGCAGAAAUAGAAAAGCAGACUGCAGAAUUUAAGGCAAGGCUUAUCGAGCAGAUGAUGGCCGAGGAUGAGGAGGACCCCCAGGGCGCAGGGUCACGUGAGGGACGCAGGACCGGUCUGGAUGAGGCCAGGUAUGAGGGGAAGGAUAAUAGCCACAAAGGAACGCCUAGCAAGAAGGGGAAGGACAAGAACGACCCCCCGGCGGAGGAGACGGAAAACAGCGGCACUAGCCGAUUGCCUGCCGCACCGAAAGUAACAGGGGAGUGCGACGGACUCUGGAGCCUUAGGGAAAGGGUGUUAGGAUGGUUUGAUACAGAAGGAACACCGAAAACCAGGGAAAAGCAGAGGGAAAGCAAGGAAGGGGAAGCGACCAGUGCGGCUGGAGAAGCGGGUAGCUCCGAAGGUGGUCUCAAGAGGAUAGUCACCACCCUCACCCGGGCACUAAACAAGAACCAGGGGUAUCUCGCAGAUGCAAAAAAGAAACUCGCGUUCGAUGGGGCCAACAUUACGGAGUUUCUAAUAGACUAUGAGAACCUAGCAGCCUUACUGAAAUGGACGGAAGAGGAAAAGAUGGAGCACCUAGGGCAGCACGUGUCGCUAAGCUUGGGAACGAACAUUAUGGCCAUCGUCGCGUCCGGUGGAUCCUGGAAAGAAACCAGGAACGAGAUGAUGAGGAAAUACCUGAAGGCAGAGAAAAUGGCAACAAAGGCUGAAUUAGCAGCAGUCCAGAGGGAAAACUAUGCGACUUACAACGAUUUCCUAAGGGCGUUUACGUUAGUGGCUCUGCGAAUUCCCGGGGUAAUGGACCGCAUAAUGAGUAAAUACUUCCUUAGGCAGUUCUCCGAGUUUGACAAGUAUAAGAUUUUGUCGGCCUACCAGCAGACCAGUAAGUUUGAAUACACAAGGGAUGUGGAUUUCAGUACGGUAACAGAUCUUGCAGAAAAGACAGUGGUAACUGAGACCUUGGCCCUGCUUAAGGAAGGGGAGGUCAUAGACCUGAUCGGGAAGACGGGAGACAAGGUCAAGAAGGGGAUAGAGAGCGCAAGUAUCACGACCCACCCUCCCGCCCUAAGAACCGUGGUUCCGGCAGCUGUAGCAAACCGGGGAUUUGGCGGAAGGGACCCCGCCAACGAACAAUUCAAGUAUUGCACCAUGAUCGGGCAUUUCGUAUGGGCCUGUCCGAGACUCAAUCACGAUAUUGAGCGGCAGAGGUGCAGCAGGUCCCUCAAAGCCGAGAUCCUCGGACCGGGGGGGGAGCGUGUAAAUUGGAACUCGCCAGGAGGGAUGCGGCGAGUCGUCAUCCUCCUGAAUAACCUAGAGAUAGCCGCCGUAGAAGCAGAGCUGAUAGCCAAGAUUGUCUGGGACCAGCCUACGGGAUGGGGACCACAGGCCAAUUUUAUCUUAGAAGGCAAUGGCCAGGAUAGGGUGAAUAUCACCACUCGCCGGGCCGGUGCAAAAAAGAAGCUUAUUCAAGAUACGGUAAUGGAAGAACUCGCAGGGACUAGCACGGGCCAGCAAGAGACCGAAGUCGGGGAACAAGAGAAGGUCUAUUGGAAGCCAAGGGAGGACGAACCAGUAGACAAGCCUACGGCGGCAAAAAAGAAGUUCAGGUAUCAAAUUUCGAUCCUGACUUCACUAGAAAUCGAUGGCACCUUGAAGGUAGAGGAGGCCCCGGAAUUGCAAGACCAGGACACGAAAGAGGCCGAGGCGCCGCAAGGGGUCUCCAACCUCCAAAGCAUUCCAGGGGGUCUGGGAGAUUUGGAGAAAGCCUUUGCGGACAUCCGCCUAAGCCUAUCGGAUCGUGAAGGUGGCGAAGUCAUGAGGGCGCCACCCGAGACAAAGCUUAGCUUUCAUGCAUUAGCAUUUGGGAAACUUAAAGUUCAAAUCGGAACUCACCACAGUGACGCGUUAGUGGACGGUGGAGCAAAAAUCACCCUCAUACGACGAGAUUUCGCAACGGUCACGGGGUGCACGGUAAACAAGGAAGUAGCAGGGAGUAUCCGGGGAGCCGGUGGCGAAAUUCCUUUCGCAGGGUAUGUCACCAAAUGUCCAGUCAGGGCGAGAAUCCGGGAAUCCAUCUGGUCCUUUCAGCGGAUGACCGUGAUGACCAGGCAGGGAGUUGAGCAAACGACAAAAAUGAAAUUUGGGAAUGAAAAUGACAGCAAUGCAAUUAACAGGCCGGAAGAGGGACAGUCGUCAAGACAAGCUGGAGAGUCAAGCUCCAGGAAAAGGAAGUUGUAUGUGGGGUUCGAUCACAACCUAGUUGUGAACAGGGGGGGCAGAAAGCAAGGACCCAGGGGGCCAUCGCCGCUAAGGGAAGGAGAGCCAAUAGAAUUGCCAUCAGACAGUAUCCCUAGUAGCAAGGAAGAGGGAAACCCGGAAAAAAGGCAAAGGCUGGAGGAGGGGAACCCAGAAGAGGGACAACGGUCGGGAGAGGACAAGCCCGUGGAGUUUAUCGACCUCACCAGCGACGAGUAGGAAGAUGAGGUAACAACGCCGACAAGGGAAGAACAGGGAAGAGGGGAGCAGACAUGUGAGAAAAAGGACAUAUGGAUAGAAGAGUUCGGAACUGAGUUCAACGAUUGGUUUGAUCAAUGGGGCACUAUCUUGCGAUAUCAGUGGAUUAUGAAGGCAAGGGAAAAGUUGGGCAGGGGACUAUCCCCAACAACCUUCUUCACAAAACAGACACUCCUCCAGUUCCAAGAAAUAAAGAGGCAAAUGGAGUAGGAAAUGGAGGAUCGCGCAAGGAGGGAGGCUCAACGCAGGCCACCUGGACGAUAGAGGCUCAACAGCCGUAAUGAGGAAUAGCUAGGAGUCGGGAGGGUUUGGUCCUUGGGCAGUCGGAGCUGUCAUUUUGGACUUCGCACUUGAACUCCUUUUGUGAAUGAAUUUUCUAAGCUCGA